UAGGAACUUCACGACAGUAAGAGUGUAGGGGACCAGACAUCUGCAGUGGUUUUCUCUCACCCAACCAUUUAGUAGUUUGGGAUUAUCACUCAAAAUGGCCAAGCUCUUCGCUAUCCUCGUCGUCGUCGCAUCUCUGGUUGCUUUGGCAUCUGCUAGUGAUGCCGACCCCAUCAACGACUAUUGUGUGGCCGAUUUGGCUAGCAAGGUCACCAUCAACGGCCUGGCCUGCAAGGCUGCCUCGUCUGCCAUGUCGGAGGACUUCGCGUUCAGGGGCUUCCGCAAGGACGGAGACACCAACAACCCCCUCGGCAUCGCGCUUGCACCAGGGUUCGCGGGCAUCAACUACCCCGGGUUGAACACCCUUGGAUUCGCGUUGGCCAAGUUCAACUACGCCAAGGGUGGGCUCGUGCCCCCUCACACCCACCCCAGGGCCGCGGAGGUGAUCUACGUGGUGAAGGGAGAGGUGCACGUCGGAUUCGUCGACACCGCCGGGAAGCUCUUCGCAACGAGCCUGAAGAGGGGCGACUUCUUCGUGUUCCCCAAGGGAUUGGUGCACUUCCAGCUGAAUGUGGGCAGCGGUCACGCCGUGACGAUCUCGGUGUUGAACGGGCAGAACCCCGGCGUACAGUUCUCCACCGCCGUGUUCGCAGCACAGCCGUCAAUCGACACCUCGGUACUGGCCAGGGCGUUCCAGCUCAAGGACAUGGAUGUGAUGGACUUGCAGACCAAGUUCAAGCCCGCCGCGUAAGCUAGUCCAUCCGGAUUGCCAACCGGGUCGUUGGCGAGAUGAGGAGCGACACAUUGUGGACAUUGUAGUCGAUAGGUAUCGUAGAUAGGAGGGUUGUUGGAUUAGGGACAACUACUCUGAGACGGCAUCGUAGUAUUGAUUGGGGUCAAGAGUGCCCGCAUAUGAAAUGAUUUUUUUUGUACAGAUGCUGCUAUGCUGGGUUGCACCGGCGGUACACUGGACUUGAAUAAAACUCCACAGUUUCGAAUCUUCA